AUGUUGAACAAAACGAGUGCUACUCUGAUGCUUCAGACUAUAAUGGUGUUGAUGGAUAAGCAAAACACCUCCGUCACGAAUUUUCCCAGUACAUUUUAUGAGGAUGCAGAAUUGGAGCGAUGCUACAGUCCAUACGGUUGUUUCUCAAAGGCGUAUCCGUGGACGGAACAUCGACCUGACAACUACUUCCCCUUUUCUCCAGACGUAUUGGGAGUGAGAUACGCUGUGUUUACACGAAGAAAUAGGAAGAUACCUGUUCUCUUACAGGCAAAAGACACAACAAAGAUUCAGAAUGCUAAUCUCGAUCCCAAAGGACCUUUCUACUUUAUAUCACAUGGGUUUUUGGAAGGCGGACAUAAAUUAUGGAUUCAACAUAUGGCGGACGCCCUUUUAAACCAAGCAGGGAACGAUGCUGCAACAGUUGUUGUUGUAGAUUGGCGAAGAGGGUCUCAACCGCCUUAUGGACAAGCGGUGGCAAACAUAAGGCUGGUUGGCGUCAUGACAGCGUAUUUGAUACAUAGUUUUUAUGACAUACUACAAUUGUCGGAUUUGAGCAAUUUCCAUUUCAUUGGUCAUUCUUUGGGAGCACAUUUAGGCGGUUACUGUGGACAUGCUUUACAAAAGAAAUUUAACCUCAAAUUGGGCCGAAUCACCGGGUUAGACCCCGCGGCGCCAUAUUUCAGUAAUACAGUGACUCUGGUGCGUUUGGACAGAUCUGACGCGGAUUACGUCGAUAUUAUCCAUACUAAUGCAAUGCCAUUGUACUUCUCAGGUUUCGGUAUAUCAGAACCGAUAGGCCACGUGGAUUUCUAUCCAAACGGCGGUUCAAUACAACCUGGUUGCAAGAACGACGCGCCCACUUACCAAGGGAUGGACAAUGAUAUGUACUUGCAAGUGGUGAAGUAUGUGAGCUGCAACCAUGAGAGGAGCUAUGAGUUGUUCACAGAAAGUGUGGCUCCGAGUUGCCCCUUCAUGGCUAUACAGUGUAGAUCUCAUGAGGCGUUCCUAGAAGGCAACUGUACAACAUGCGACAACAAGCACCUGUGCGUGCCGCUGGGCCUGCACUCGUACGAGACGUACCGGCGGCUGCGCGCGCGCGGCGUCGUCGAGUCGAACGCCAACGUCGCCUUGUACGCUCUCACUGGAAGAUCUAAACCGUUUUGUCGAGUUCACUACGAGGUUACUUUAAAAGUAUCUAAUUCAUCUGAGAGUAGGGUGCACGGUCCGGACGUGGGCCGCGUGUCUAUCACUCUCGUGGACAGGAACAAUAAUAAAAGCGAUCACAAGUUUAUGAAUGAUGAACAAAAAUAUUACAGACCAGGAGAUCUCGAAACUAAGUUGAUUGCGUUUAAAGAUACGGGCUAUCCACCAUUAUCAGUUAUCGUCGAAUGGAAAUACGAAGCGAAUUUGCUAAACCCCAUGACAUGGAGGCUACUCAAAUCGUCUAGUAUUUACAUAGAAUAUAUCAAAAUAUCAUCUAUUGAAUAUAAUACUGAUAUCACAGUGUGCCCGAAGUCUAUGAAACCAGUUGUUACAAACUUGCCAACAAUCAUGAAGACAAAGUAUUGCAGCUUUACA